AUGAGUGACUACCGCGAAUCUGAGUAUGAGACUCAAGAGCACGUCAAUGAUGGAGAAUACUACGAGCAAGAGACUGCCGAGGUUGUCGAAGAAACAUGUAUUGAGGAGGAGCCACUUGAGGAGGAGCCUGUAGAGGAGGAGCCAGUUGAGGAGGAACCUGCAGAGGAGGAGCGUGUAGAGGAGGAGCGUGUAGAGGAGGAGUCCAUUGAGGAAGAUGCACCGUGCGAGGAAAGACUUGACGAGGAGGAUCGCUCUCUCGAGUUUGGUGGUCUUCAAAUCACCCUCGAGAAUCGAACCAACGCUGAGCAGGUCUUUGCUUACAUCACUGGCCAACUUGUCGACGAGGGCAACAAGGUCUGCUUUGUGAAAGCCGAUGGCAAGACCCUUUACGUUCCCGAGAAAGAAGAAAUCACCGAAGUUGGAAGUGAGGUUCCAGUGGACUGUGCUAUCAGACUCGGCGCAACGGGCGAGACCGUCACUGUGACCAUUCCUCAUAUUGCGGGUGGUCGUAUCUGGUUCUCUCUGGACCAGGAAUUGACUUUCAAGCUCAAUCCUGGGCCAGCUAUUGCAGAGCCAUCCGUCACGAAUGCCUCCGACCCCAAUAUAAACACCAGCUGGGGCUUCUGUGAAUUUACCUAUACCCAGGAUUGCCUCUACGCCAAUAUCAGCUAUGUUGACUUCGUCUCUCUCCCCAUCUCAAUGUCGCUCACUACCGAACGUGGCGAGGUCCAAUCUGUCGCUGGCCUCUAUCAAGAUGGUUUGCAAUCAGUUGUUGACGGUAUCCGCUCCAUGGAAGACGAGUGCCCCGACUGGCAAGACCUCAUCGUUGAAUCAGAUGGCAAGCCUAUUCGUGUCCUGAGUCCUAACAACGCCCGCGUCAUGAGCGGUGGCCAGAAGUUCGAAGGAUACUAUGAUGAGUACGUCAAUGCCUGCUGGGACAAGUACCGCGCCCAGCCUCUGAUCAUCGACACGCAAGCAUCCUACGGCGUUCUCGAGGGCUGGGUGAACGAUGACGACCUGCUUCGCUUCGAAGGUCACGGCACUUUUUCCAAGCCCAGCACCGGCGAUAUCUUCAGUUGCAGUACAAACUGUUUCCGUGAUAACAAGGAGGCAAUGGGUCCGUUGACCGCACGUAUCAGUGCUGCGCUGAAUAGAUCCACGUUGUUAACCAACGAUAUGCAGCCUACCAACGAGCAGGUUUCUGAGUUCUACACACAUCCAGUAACAAACCACUAUUCGAGACUUGUUCACCUGGCGAAUGCUGACGGAAGGGGAUAUGCUUUCCCUUAUGAUGAUGUGCCAGCACCAGGCGAUGUUGACCAGUCUGGCUUCGUGACUGGGAAGCCUCAGACCUUUGCUGUUUGCAUCGGCUGA